UUUUGAGCAUUAUUAAUCAAGAAAAAGAAGGCAAAGUCUUUUGCCCUCUUGGAGUGGGUGUGUGAGAGGGGGCAGAUUGGAAUAUUGUGAAGAGGAAGAGAGGGGGUUGUUGAUGUUUAAGUUGCAUGUGGGGGGCCUAGUGCGGUGUGGUAUAUGAAGAAUGUAUAGGUGCAUGGUAUAAAGACAUUAAAAGGACCGUAAUGACACACUUGUCAUAAUCUCAUCAUCAUUGUCAAGUCGCUGUAAAGUAUCCAUCUCUCCCAGAAUUUCACGCCUCCCUUUGUUUCAUCUCUAUUCAAUUCUCUUUCUCUGGCCCUUUGUCCCCCUUUCAAUUCUGUUGUUGUGCGUACUCAUGUACUGUACGCGUGUAUAUACACAUAGCUAAUGGAUCAUGCGGGUCAACCUACCUAUACCUGUACACAAUAUAUAUAUAUAUACAUAUAUAUUACAUGCUCCUCUUCUUUAAUUUGUUGUAAAACCAAGAAAAUUAUAUAUCCAUCCGUUCUCCCUCCCUUUGUUUUCUUGUCAAGUCUUUAUCUCUGAAACUCUGAAACCUUAUUGUCUACAUUUCUUUAACCUUAGAGAAUUCUUUUUCACUGAUUUCUAAAAGCUACUCGACACCUCCAAAAUCUACACUUUCAUGCAUCAUUAACCAAUGCCGGCCAUGCAUACCCUUCAAUGUUAAUACCCCUCCCUCCUAUACGUACAUGAGUUCUCUCUUCUUCAGACUUAGCGCCUAUCUUUUAUUAUUAGUAUAUUUUACUAGCAAUUAACGUUUUACAACUCUAUCUCACACACACAUACAGAGAGAGGGGAUGUGGAUGAUGGAGAGUAAUAAUCAUGAGCAUGGCAAAGAGUUGAUGAGGAUGUCAACGUCGGCGUCAACCGACGGCCCGAAGCUGCGGCCACUUAUGCCAAGGCCAAUUAGUAGCUCCAACAGUACCAAGAGCAGCAGUAGCACAUUUUCUACAAUUACAUCAACUCUCCCUUGUUGCAUUCGAAACCCUAAUAAUAUCCUUACAUGGAAUUAUCCCAUAAGCAUGAUUAAUACCUCAGGUUGUGUGAUUAAUGAUUAUUGCGUUAAAAGGGAUGAUGAGAUAAUUAAGACGGCGCCUUUGGUGAGUGGAAGAUGGAGCCCUACCAGAGAGCAAGUGCAGGCUCUUGAAGAAAUGUAUAGGCGUGGAAUCAGAACUCCAUCUGCCGAUCAAAUCCAGCAGAUUGCAGCAAAACUGAGGAGGUUUGGUAAAAUCGAAGGCAAGAAUGUGUUUUACUGGUUUCAGAACCACAAAGCUAGGGAGAGGCAGAAAAAACGUCGUCAGCUUCAGCUCAUACCUCUACCUGCAAAUAAGAUUCACCAUCAAACACUUGCAUCUGCACCUCCAGAAUUGAGGCGGAGAUAUUUUGAUAUUGAACAUCAUAAGAAGUUGCCUAACCCUUCAAACUGCACCACACAUUCCGAGGAUUCUGCAGUAUCAAUGCACGGAUCAGUGAUAGCAGAAUAUUGUAAUAAAGAUGGGUGGACACACAAGGAAUUACAGCAGAAGACCACAACACCACACAAAAUUCAAACCUCCUGCCGAUUGGACUUAUCUUCUUGCUUCUCUGUCCAACCAAUUACUACUGCAGAUCAAGAAAAGACAAAGCCCUUAAUUACUGCACUAAACCUCAGCUUAUUACUGCCCCCCAAGGAUCUUGAUCAUCACAAUUAUAUUGUUAGGAAUGAGAUAAAAGAAAAUGAUCAAACUCUUGAGCUGUUUCCCAUUGGGACUGGGAGGAGCAAUGAUCUUCAUGAGCCAGAGAUUCAUGAUGUCUCAACCACAGAAACCAAAUUAAGACCUAAUGAGUUUAUUGAGUUUCUUCCAACAAAAAAUUGAAGCCUUCUUUCCUCUCUUCAUCCAAGUAAUUAAAGUGCUAGUUUGUAGCAAAUUGAAGAUGUACUUUACUCUGUGACUUUCUUUACUUCAGUUACAUUCGUGUUAAUUUGUAUCUAUCUGCAUCAUGUAUUGCUUAAUUAAUGUCUUCAAUAUAU